AAGAGGUGUACUCGAUGCAGGAAACGGAGGUGAUGCAGUUUCACGUCCUGCAGGAGAGUGUGACCGUGGCCAGUGAGGACAGUGAGCUAGCAGUGAGCCUGGCAGAAAGCACUGAACUGAUUAAGCUUGAGAAAGCUCAGAAGGAGGAACAGCUGCUGGCCGAAGAAGGAGUCAGUGAAAAAAGAGAAGAGCAGUUUUUUCUUGUGGAAGCGAGGCCAGGAGAUGAAGGAAGCGAUGAAAUUGUUCUGACAAUUUCCAACUUGAAUAUGGAAGAAGAAGAUAAAGCGGUCCCCUGUCAAGCACCUAUUGAAAAAGCCAACACUACAGAAAAUCAAAAAAAGACAAAGGAAGUAAAACAGACCUUCCGCUGUGACGCCUGCGUGUUCACCUCUUCUAGAAUCUCGAGCUUUAAUCGUCAUCUGAAAACUCACACCGGUGAAAAGCCCCACGUGUGUCACCUCUGCCUGAAGGCUUUCCGGUCUGUUACUCUUCUGCGGAAUCAUGUCAACACCCAUACAGGAACCAGGCCCUACAAGUGUGGCGAUUGUGACAUGGCGUUUGUCACCAGUGGAGAACUUGUCCGACACAGACGUUACAAACACACUCACGAGAAGCCCUUUAAGUGCUCCCUGUGCAAGUAUGCUAGUGUGGAAGCAAGUAAGUUGAAGCGCCACAUCCGCUCGCACACGGGAGAACGCCCUUUUCAGUGCCACCUCUGCAGCUACGCCAGCAAAGACACCUACAAGCUGAAGCGACACAUGAGGACACAUUCAGGUGAGAAGCCCUACGAGUGCCAAGUCUGCCACGCACGCUUCACCCAGAGCGGGACCAUGAAGAUCCACGUCCUGCAGAAGCACAGCGAGAACUUGCCCAAGUACGAGUGCCCGCACUGUGCCGCCAUCAUCGCGAGGAAGAGCGACCUGCGUGUCCAUCUGCGCAACCUGCACACUUACAGAGCCACGGCGAUGGAGUGCCGCUACUGCCCCGCCGCCUUCCACGACCGCUACACCCUCGUUCAGCACCAGAAAACGCACAAGAACGAGAAGAGGUUCAAGUGUGAGCACUGCGGCUACGCCUGCAGACAGGAACGCCAUAUGACAGUUCACAUCCGUACCCACACUGGAGAGAAGCCGUUUGCCUGCCUCUCCUGCAAUCAGUGUUUCCGGCAGAAGCAGCUGCUGAAUGUGCACGUCAGGAAAUGCCAUGACACCAACUUCACCCCGACCGUUCACGAAUGCCCCCGAUGUGGCAGAGGCUUUUCCCGCUGGAGUAACUUGCAGAGACACGCGGAGAAGUGUGGCUCAGGGCAAGAAAAGCCGUCCACCUCCAAAAAGAGAAGAAGAACAAAGAAGAGAAAGCCGGCCGUCCCCAAAGCAGCAGCCAAGGAAGACGAAGCCACAGCUGAGGAGGCCUCCCUGAUAAGCGGAGAGCAGUGCCCAGGAGGGGUGCUUCCCAUGGACUUCGGAGCGGCCUUGGCGGAAAGUGAGGACCUGGGUGAAGGCAUGACCUGUGAGAUGAUCCUCGACCUGAUGGACAAGUGACGGGGCUCAGGGCGCGUCCUCGCAGCACGUAAUUCCUAAAGCACGUUGCAGGGGGUUAAUUUCAGCACCGCCUUUGAAACAGUCAGAUUCCUGACAGUGGAUAGUCGCGGUUUUUCCAGAGCUUGCAGUAGUGUCUAGAAUUGUUUGCCUGUUUUCAACUGGAUGUUUCGAAAACAUUGCAGGUAUUUGAUAAAGAGCCCAAAUCCCAAGUUGAAAGAUAAAACCUCAAACCGAUGACUUUAUUCACUUGAUACCGGCAAGCUGGCCCACAGGCAGUGAGCAGUGAUUUGGGGACAAUUGGUUGUUUCCAUCGUAGAGACUGUUCAGUACUUCAGCAGACAAAGCUGGGAGACUGUGUUGAAUUGGACACACCCAUCGUAUCUCUAAUCCUAUGAGUUGUAAACACAGAAGGCUAAUUUUAUGUCCUUUUUUUAUACAAAUGAAUUUUCCAUGAAAUGUACAGCUACCAUAAUACUUUUAAUUAGUUCCAAAUUCGGCACAAAAGAUCCUGAUGUUAUUUUUUUUUCAAACUGAGUAGAAAAUGAAAAACUUGAAUUACACAAGAAAACUGAGUUUUUUUUUUUUUUUCUACUUUGGUAGAUGAGCAAAGGUCACUUUUGGAUUUUGGAUUAUGUUUUUGAUUAUGUUCUUCAGCAGGUAUGAACCCCCCCCCCAUUGCAUUCCAUUCUUGUGUAUUAGUGUAUCAGUUCCUCACCCUUCUGCUUUGCUGAAACGCCUUUGUUUAUAUUUUUUAAAUAAUUGGCAAAGUGAGAAGAAACCUAAAAAUCUGAUAAUGAAAACAUGUAAUUGUAAAGGAUUUGUACUUUUUUAGAAGCCCCUGUAAUGAGUGAGUAUUUUUCUCUUGCCAAUUGCAAAGAUUUCCCCACAUUCAAGCAGCACAUGAAAUGGCCUCUUCAGGACUUAAAAUGAACGGACGGCCACCUGUCUUUGUCCUGAGUCAUAUUUUCCUUCUUUUCUCAUCUCAGCAGCUGCUUUUGCUGUGAACUUUUCCACCCAUCUUUUAAUACCAUCAGUAGGUCCUAAAUUCAGAUUCUUCCUUUUUCAGCUUUAUGGAGAUACAUAUAGUCGACAAAUCACAUGGUUGUGAUGAUUUGAUACACAAUUUGAUACAGGCGUACAUUGUGAAAGGACUUUCCCCAUCUAGCUAACUGAAUUCAAAGUCUUAAAGGCGGAUCUGCUGUUAAAAAUAGCCCAAGUUUAGGAAGCCCGUACAGGGUGAACACACGCAAGUAAUUUCUCAGCAGGAAAGGCAGUAGAUUCUUUUUAUGACAGCAAAUUAAUUGAAAUGGCACAAUAAGACUUAAAUCCCGUGGUCUGUUGUGUGCCGUAAUGGGGCCUGUUUUGUAAUAGUUUCUUAUUCUUUGACUGUUGUUUAGAGAUGUUUUGCAAAACUCAAUAAAAUGA